UUCUUAAUUUUUCAUAAAGUCAGUUUCCUAUUACAGCUGAAAAGCAAACAUUAACUUGUUUUUCUUAAAUUAAGCUCAACACUUUGUAUGCUUUUACUGCGUGCCCGCCUGAAGGUGACACGCAGUGUCUCAUAACGGAACUAAGAGUGUCAUCUUAUGGUUUAUUGCUUGAGAACAAAGAGGUCGUCAGCUGGCAGGCAUGGAUCAGUUAAAAUCUUUGCUUAGUUUCACUCAGAAACAGCAGACCAACUUAGGAUUCGGACUGAUUGCUCUUAUAACUGCUGGUAGCGAGCACAUCUUCUCGGUCUUUGCUUUUAAGUGUCCUUGCAAUGAUAUGAAUUUCGUUUAUGGGAACGUCUGUCUCCUCGUACCCGCGCUUGCACUGCUCAUCUUAAGUUACAUGUUGAGCAGUAAAACAUGGAAACUGUUCACCGGUCUGUGCCUUAGGAAAUCGAAGCUAUGUCGUUUAAAUUACGCGAUUGGCUUCUUGUGUGUUUUUCUUCAAGUCACCACGACUGCAAUUGUCGCACCUCUCAGCUGGAUCGCAGUUGCUCUUCUCAGAGGGGUGUAUUUCGAGUGCUCAAUGACUGGCGCUAACAUUACACUUUUUAGACGUCAGCUUUGCAACGAAAAGUAUCCUCACUGUCGGACAGAGCUGGACAAGUUCCCGUGUGAUGGGACCGCUAUUCCGCAGAGUGAGAGAAUGGCAGUGCUGUCCAUCAUACGCGCAGAGUCGCAGGUACUUGGUUGGAUCCUGAUAGGUUCUGUGAUGAUGUUCGCCUUUCUACUCACAUGCACAGCAAGAUGCUAUUCUCCCAUCAGUUACAUGCAGCUGAAGUUUUGGAGGAUGUACACUCACAAGGAGAGUGCGAUUUUGGACAGCUAUACAGCUGAGCAUGCUGAGAAGCUUGCAAAAAGAAACAUAAAAAGUUUCUUUGAUUUAACCAAACCCAUUCCUAUGAAGAGUCCACCCAGACAUGCUUGGGAGAAGAUAUCUUCUUUUUACAAGUUCCGAAGUAUGGACGAAUACUACAGCAUCCUGCACAAGUACGUUAGCACUUGUGAGGACCUUGAAAAUCCAGUAGAAAGGGCUUCGGUGAGAUCUGAAAAUGAUCUUUCAAACCCAGCAGCACUUGCAUUUGUGGACGAGAGCAAACUGGUCCUGUAGACGCCGUCUAGUUGACAGCUUUUCAUGCUAUGUAUACCUUGUUAUUGCUACAACCUGAGCUCUACUGGCUUCUUUAUUUUCUGUGCCUAUAUAUUACAGUGUCAGUUCACUGUUCACCUAUAUUGCUAUGUUAGCUUUUAUUUUGAAUAACUGUAUGAUUUUUACAUUUCUUGUUUUUUGAUUUUAGCUUUGUU